AUGCCCCACUGUCGCGGCACUCUCCCCCUGGACCAAAGUACAUGGGCCGGUUGCGGCAAAUCGUUCUCGACCAGCGGCCAUCUCUCCCGCCACACCCGCAUCCACCUCAACAUCAAGCCGUUCUGCUGCCCGUUCCCAGACUGCUCCUCGCGAUUCUCGCGACAGGACAACAUGCGCCAGCACUACAAGAUCCAU